UUUUUUCACUGAAUCUAGUAACACAGUAGUCCACCUUCUGCUGUUUCCUAUUUUUCACCUGCUUCACUCUAACAUUGUCGUAGAAAUUUUGUUUUCACUUCACAGUUUCUCCAGGUCCUCCUCCCUCCUCUUCACCCUCCCACCUCAACUCCCCUCACUGUCACUGGGUUUACAACUGAGUUGGGUGUAUUUACAGUCCCUCCCUUCUCUUGCUUCAUUCUUUCCUAUGAAGACAAUGAAGUUAACAGCACCAUGUGUGUUUGGGAGCCUACUGGCCUUUUUGGGUCUAUCUUGGAUCAAAGCAGACGAAGAGGUGGUCUUGAAGGGUCAAGGAUUCGGGCCCUGCAUCGCAACUUUACGACCCGAGAGAGCGUGCUCGCCUGGGCAGCAUGACGCCACGUGCCCUUACCUGCUCCAUCUGCCGCCGCUGACGGUUAAUUUGCCACCACAGUUUCAAGAGCUGGAGAAGAUCAUGCAGGACCUGCAGAAACUGAAGGAGAGCGUGGACGAACUGAGAGAGAUGUGUGCGAAUUGUACAGUAAGCCAAACUGGGGGAGAGUGUGGGAGACAAAGUGGUGAGCGGGAGAAGAUGACUGCAGGUAAGGGCACACGUGAGGAUGAGAGGAACUGGGUGCGUGUGAUAUUUGAGGAAAAUGAUGGAGAUUUCAGAGAAGAGUGUGGAAAAGAGAAGAAAACAGAAAAGACACAUGAGGACAACACAGACGACAGGUUGAUUCGGGAAGGAAUGAAGGAUAGAAAAUCAGAACCUGAUAAAAUCAGUGACAAAAAAGAAAUAAAAGAAAAGGAAACAAUCAAAGAGGAUACAAGAAUUUAUGAUGCAGAUCUGAGUGAAGAAGAAAAAUACACACAGAAAUACACAAAAACUAAGGAAACUGAUGGAAUAAAUGUAUCUGUGAACCAGGAAAACUGGGAAGAGACUUUUGGAGAUGGAGUCAAAGUGAACAAAAAUAAUGAGAAACCAGAACAGACUGAGCUCACAGAAAAUGAGAAGACUAUAAAAGAAAUGGGCUUGGAUGAAAAAAGCAGGAAAAUCGGGAAAGAGAUCAAGACAGAGAGCGGGAACGGAGACGAGGAUGGAGAAUUAUCCUCCAGCAAAACAACCGAAAGAGCAGACUUUGUUUCUAUCAGUCCAACUCCCCAAAUUAAAAUGAGAACAGCUUCAAGGGCGGACUCGAUGGACUCAAGGAAAGUAAGAACUUUUACAUCAUCUCUUCCAUUGCCUCCUUUUCCCAGUUUCACAUUAAGCUCAAUCACAGAUGUCAGUCAAAGCACAGCAGCUGGUCAUGGACCAACCCAAAGUACAGGCCCUAACACAGCUGGUGUUCCCGGGCCCCGAAGCUUUGAUGCAGAUUUGACAACAGAUAGGUCCACAACAACCACAGUGGGUGGUCCAGGGCUGAAGACCAUACCUAACUUAGCAUCCACAGGGAAACUUGAGGGACAACUCCAGGGCAUCUUCAGCACAUCUACUACAACUCCAACAAUAAUUAAUUGGAAACUAUACAUGACUACAUCACCCAGAGCUGAAGAUGACAACAACUGGAAACCUAAGAGCCCUGGCAAGAGGCCCCAGCCUGGACGAGAACUGCACCCUGGUAAAAAGUAUCCACUUGGAACUAAGCCUGAAGCAAAUAUAAACCUUAAAAAACCACCAAAUAAACCUGACAAAGCUCAACUUCCUAUCAAAAAGAGUCAACCCCACCAAAAAGAAAAGCCCUCUCUACAAAAACCCAAAGCAAACAAACCCAAACCCAAUAGAGACUCAACACAAACCAAAAAUGUUAAACCUGUUCAAAAACGUUUUCCUGAUAUUUCUAAACCAGAUAAAACCCGGAAGAACAGUUCAUUAGACACACACAAACAGGGUCAACCCCCAGAUCAAAAUAAAACAUCUUCUCAGUCAUUAAUAUUUACUUUAAAAUUCCCACCUGCUGUCCUGAAACCUACAACUCACAGGCCUCAGGUUGUAAACACAACUUUGUCUGAUACAUUUUCUUCUAAUAAUAGUGCCUUUACACCAAAACAACAUGAAAAUAAUCAAAUAAAAUCAAUUAUGAAAUAUAAUGAAAAUCCUCUACCUGAAUCUGACUCAAACUCUGAAUCAAAACAUGAAGAAAAAGAUAGUAUAACACCUGAUCAAGACGUUGAAUCGAGUCCGAAGAAGCCAAUAUAUAAUUUAAGCCAAAAACCUAAAACAGAGCUGGAAUCUGAUUCAGUUGAAAAGGCCACUCAAAGACCUGAUGAAAUAUUUUUUACGCCACAUCCAGCACCCAACCAAACUACUGCAUGGCCCACUCAAAGGCCUGCAGUCAGCAGAAACAUCUCUAAAUUGAACCAAACUGCAAAACUUGGACAAGCACCAAAGCAAAAUCCAAAGUUUCAAAAACCAGGGACAGGCCUAAAUACAAAGCCAAAUAAAAACCAAAAACCAGGACAACCAUUAAAAACUAUUUCAAAACUCAAACCUCCCAGGCCUGGACAAAAGCCUCAUCCAGGAUUUACACCUAUUCGGGACAAAUUCCACAAAGCACAGACCAACAAAACCGCAAAACCAAAGCCUCCAUCUCAGUUUAGACCUCCAACCAGACCUACAUUGAAACCACCGGCAGACACAAUUCAAAAGCCAGAUCCAGCAGUUCAACCAGAGCCAAAGCUAGAAAUAAAAUCAGGCACAAAUCCAACUCAAUCCAGCUGGACUUCAUCUACAAUCCAAACCAUGAGUACUACUAUGCAACCUACACUUGGUAUUGUAAAAAAGUUGGCUGAAGAGACUCCUUCUCCAUUGGACAACAAUCCCAAUGCCAGUUUCAAGAAAACCAUCACCGAACAACCAAAUAAUCGAAUCAAUUCAACAGAAAUGUCUAAAGAAAACUUUUUGCCUGAGCCCAAAUCCAACCCAUACACAACAUCUGAAGAGAAAAGAUCUCAACUGGUUACAUCAACAGCUGUUUGGGAGAUCAAACCUACACAGAAGACCUCAACAGUUCAUCAAAAUCCUAAGAUGAUAAAAGAGGUGGAAUCUGCAGCUGGUCCAACAUCCACACCAAAACCUUUAGAAGGGUUAAGGGAGGUAUCUGGUGACAACCGUCCUUAUGAACCAAAGUCCAAAGAAGAAUCAGAACCUAAGUUGACACCAACUCUUGUUCAAACUACUGCAUGGCCCACCAAAAGGCCAACACUCAGAGGAAACAUCUCUAAAACAAACCAGACUGCUAAACUUGGUCAAGCACCAAAGCAAAAGCCAAAAUUUCAAAAACCAGGGACAGGUCUAAAUACUAAAACAUUAAUAAAGUUCAAACCAGGACAACCACCAAAAACGAAUCCAAAACUCAAACCACCCGGACCUGGACAAAAACCUCCUCCAGGAUUUACUCCUUUCGGGGACAAAUUCUUCAAAGCCCAGUCCAACAAAACUAAUCUGAGGCCCCCAUAUAGAUCUAAACCUCCACCCAGACCUACAUUGGAACCACAGUCAGAAACCAAUAAAAGGUUCAAUCCAGCAGUUCAACCACAACCCAAGCAGGUGAACAAAAAAGUCACAGAUCCAACUCCAAUCAGCUGGAUUUCUUCGGUUCCUUUUCAAAAUACCAAUACCAACAAACCACUGACAUCUGGUCCUGUACAACAGAUUUCUGAAAUGACACAAUCUCCGUGGGGCUCCAAGAACAACCUACAAAAUGAAAAUUUCCCGUCGAGCCCCAGCAACAGAAUCAUCAUAUCUGAUAUGAAGCCACAAAAAAACAAUCAAGCACCAGUGAUGCCAAUGACAACAAAACCAAACAAAGUCGACAGCGAGAUUCCUCAAAAUAUUAUCUCAAGUACUAUUCCAGGAUCCACAUUGUCGAGUGGAUUACCUAAAUAUGACUCCACUUCAAAAAUGCCUCACAACGUGGAGAAAAGCCCACCUGCAACCAUAGUCCCAUCCCCCAGUUCCAAAACUACCUCCACAAUGCACCCUGACUUCAGGUCAGCAUCUCCUACCACCCCUGGCCUUGACCCCCAGACCUCUGCUGACAGUGCACAAGAGCUGCGUGAGAAGAAAGACCAGGUGGCGGCGUUUCCUAACAACAGCCAGAGCCCAAACAGGAGCCCAGCAGACGAGCAUCCAAAGCAGCACCCCAAGGCCACAGACGGAGACGAGACCAACAAAAUAUCCACAGAAACUACCCUUACAGCGAGGAGAGACUGCUCAGAUCUCCUCCUGUUAGGAGAAAAACAAAGUGGAGUUUACACGGUGACCCCUGACCCUCGCAGCAGAAGCUUCUCGGUUUUCUGUGACAUGGAGCUGGAGGGUGGAGGAUGGACCGUUCUGCAGCGCCGGCUGGACGGGAGCGUGAGCUUCAACCGCACAUGGGCGGAGUACCGGUCCGGCUUCGGAGUGCUGGAUGGAGGAGAGUUCUGGCUGGGCAACAACAUGAUCCACCUGCUGACUCGUGACAGGAACAUGGUGCUGCGGGUGGAGCUGGAGGACUUCAACGGGAUAAGGGAGCAUGCGCAGUACCAGUACUUCAGGGUUGCCAGUGAGAAGCUGUUGUACAAACUGAUGGUGGGCGGUUACUCAGGCACUGCAGGUGAUGCUCUGCGCUUCAGUAGAAUGUACAAUCACAACAACAGGGCUUUCACCACCCCGGAUAAGGACAACGACCGCUACCCCUCCGGGAACUGUGGAGCCUACUACAGCUCCGGCUGGUGGUUCGAUGCCUGCAUGGCGGUAAAUCUCAACGGGAAAUAUUAUGUGGGACCUUAUAAAGGAGUGCGGAAUGGGAUUUUCUGGGGUACAUGGCACAACAUAUCCAGAGAGUAUUACCCUAAUAACGAAAGGCACUCUUUUAAAACUGUAAGAAUGAUGACCAGACCUGCACGUUUUAAACCAUAAAUAUUAAAAAGUGAUCUCAAAUAGUUAUAUUUGUCUGUGUUAACAGUUACAGACUGUUUAUCAUUAUAGCACAAUACUGUCAUCUUGUGGUGGUGCAUUUUUCAGAACAGUUUUGUUUAUAAGGAUGUGAACAGUUGCAAGGAGAUGUGGCUUUGUAUUUUUGAUAGUUCUAUUUGAAAAAUAAGCUAUAAUUUUAAAAGCUACAAUUUCAACAAUUUUUUUUAAUUAUAAAGUUAAAAAUUUGAGGUCCGAACAUAAUUGUUCCACUUUGUCUGUGAUGUUUUGUAAUAAAGUUUUCUGAGAAAACUA